AUGGUCGGACGACUGGUGGGUGUUCCACCUCUAGUUGAAGAGAAAGCAACGAAGCAGGCGGUACUUGAGCGGAUAAGUUCAGUGAGCUUGAUACAUUUUGCUGCCCAUGGUAACGCGGAAAGAGGAGAAAUUGCACUCUCCCCCAUUCCUACUCCCAACAGUGGAAACGCUAUCCCACCGCAGGAAGCUUACAUGUUGACGAUGGCUGAUGUCUCACGAGUGAAAGUCAGAGCUAAACUGGUGGUACUUAGCUGCUGUCACAGUGGAAGUGGAGAGAUAAGAGCCGAAGGAGUUAUAGGAAUUGCCCGUGCGUUCUUAGGAUCUGGUGCUCGCUCUGUAUUGGUAGCGCUGUGGGCCAUUCCAGACUCAGCUACAGAGAAGCUGAUGGGUCGGUUCUAUGAACACCUCAUUGAAGGAGAAAGUGCCAGUGAAUCCCUUCAUCAGGCCAUGAAGUGGAUGAGAAAAAACGGCUUGAACAAAAUGUCUGAGUGGGCGUCGUUUACGCUGAUUGGAGAUGAUGUGAGACUCGAGUUUGACAAGCAGCGGCAAGACUCAGUGAGAACAGGUAUUUCAUAA